GCUCACAAUAGCCCAGGAUACCGACUUGUAUUUAAUCUCGUGCAUGUUGUCGAUUUUCCUAGUGUCAAUUAAUGUUUCAUCACGAUUCUUUUCCAGUCUACGUAGUCGAGUUUUCCAACGGUUUUCUUGGCGAUUAUAAGUAAAGAAUAAACGUGGAUAAAUACAAACACUUUAAUUGGAAAAGUAUCAUUUAAUAUCGAAAAUAGUAUUUUUAUUAAACUAAAAGCCACGUGAAAUUUUACAUCUUGUGCACUGAUUGUAAGUUAGAAGCCGGCUUUGUGUCUUCGUGGCGUCAUCCAAAUUAUAGUAUUAAAUUGUCAGUAUCGUACUGAGGAAGAAAUCGUAAUGGCACCAAAUGUUACUACUGCACUCACAAAUGUUCUUUGCGAAGAAGAACUAGCAAAGAACCAAAUACCAAAACCUGAAUUUAAAAGGAAAAUUGUUUGGACCAAUGUCGUUAUUUUCUUGGGUCUCCACGCCGGUGCUCUUUAUGGAGUAUACCUUGCAUUGACUUCUGCAAAAAUUUUAACCCUAGCUUAUGCAUAUCUCCUUUACCUACUUAGUGGUUUUGGAAUCACUGCAGGCGCACAUAGAUUAUGGUCUCACCGUGCAUACAAAGCAAAAUUACCACUCCGAAUAUUCCUCAUGUUAUGCAAUACACUAGCUUUUCAAAACAGCAUUUAUGAAUGGUCGAGAGAUCAUCGUGUACAUCAUAAAUUCAGUGAAACUGAUGCAGAUCCUCAUAAUGCCACUCGUGGAUUUUUCUUCUCACAUGUUGGUUGGUUACUUUGCAAAAAGCAUCCAGAUGUCAAACAAAAAGGCAAAGGAAUUGAUAUGAGUGAUCUUGAAGCCGAUCCCGUAGUAGCUUUCCAGAAAAAAUAUUACUUCAUUCUUAUGCCACUGUUAUGCUUUAUUCUUCCAUCAAUUGUUCCUGUUUAUGCAUGGAAUGAGUCGUGGCUAGAGUCCUACUUCGUAGCAACUUUACUUCGUUAUGUUUUUACAUUAAAUAUGACAUGGUUGGUUAAUUCGGCUGCUCACUUCUUUGGCGGAAAACCAUACGACAAAUACAUGAAUCCCGCUGAAAAUACUUUAGUAGCAGUUGGAGCUUUAGGAGAAGGAUGGCAUAAUUAUCAUCAUGUUUUCCCAUGGGAUUACAAAGCAGCUGAACUUGGAAACUAUAAAAGGAACUUUACCACUGCUUUCAUCGAUUUCUUCGCAAGAAUUGGCUGGGCCUACGACUUAAAAACAGUAUCAAACGACAUGGUCAAACAUCGAGUUUUAAGAACAGGUGACGGUACACAUCCCGUAUGGGGUUGGGGUGAUAAAGACCAAACCAUUGAAGAGAGAGAAUCCGCAGUUAUUACAAAUCAUACAAAGUAUCAGUAAAAUUUGUUAUUGAUAAGAUAAAAAACAAUUUAACUCAGGCAUUA